CUUUCCUCCCCACCUCCGCCCGCAAACAAAGCAGACCCACGCGUCCGGCCGUCCGGGCGCCACCAUGGCCGCGUGGCGCCUCCGCCGUGCGGGCGCCGCCCUCGCCGCAUCCUCAGCCGUCGCCGUGGCCCUCGCCGCAUCCUCCGCUUCCGCCUCCGACCCCUCCGCCGCGGCCCUCGACGCCGCGCGGCAGCGCGUGGCGCAGCAGGGGGCCGCGCCGCCCCCUCGCGACGCGCAGCUCGCGGCACUGGCCGGGUCCACGCCCGCGGAGCCCCUCGACGUGCUCGUCGUCGGUGGGGGAGCCACUGGAUGCGGCGCAGCGCUCGAUGCCGCCACCCGUGGGCUUCGGGUUGGCCUCGUGGAGCGCGAGGACUUCUCCUCCGGGACUUCCUCCCGAUCCACCAAACUCAUCCACGGCGGUGUGCGCUAUUUGGAGAAAGCAGUGUUCAAUCUUGAUUAUGGGCAGCUCAAACUUGUUUUCCAUGCACUCAAGGAACGCAAGCAGGUUAUUGAGAAUGCUCCCCAUUUGUGCCAUGCUUUGCCAUGCAUGACUCCUUGCUUUAACUGGUUUGAGGUAGUAUACUACUGGUUUGGUUUGAAGUUUUAUGAUCUAGUUGCUGGAAGAAGGCUACUACAUUUGUCACGAUAUUAUUCUGUAGAUGAAUCAGUUGAACUUUUCCCAACCCUUGCAAAAAAUGGCCAUGACCGUAGCCUAAGAGGAACAGUAGUAUACUAUGAUGGUCAAAUGAAUGAUUCUCGGCUGAAUGUGGGGUUGGCAUGCACGGCUGCAGUUGUUGGUGCAGCUGUUCUCAAUUAUGCUGAAGUGGUCUCCCUCAUUAAGGAUGAUUCUGGAGAGAGAAUCAUUGGUGCGCGCAUUUGUGACACACUAUCAGGUAAGGAGUUUGAAACCUUUGCAAAGGUGGUAAUUAACGCAGCAGGACCGUUCUGUGACUCUGUGAGGAAGAUGGCUAACAGUAAUGUAGUGCCCAUGAUCUGUCCAAGCAGCGGUGUGCACAUUGUACUUCCUGAUUACUAUUCCCCUGAAAGGAUGGGGCUAAUUGUUCCUAAAACCAAGGAUGGUAGAGUUGUAUUCAUGUUGCCAUGGUUGGGAAGGACCGUUGCGGGAACAACUGAUUCUAGCACAGCAAUAACAAUGCUUCCUGAACCACAUGAGGAUGAAAUACAGUUCAUAUUGGAUGCAAUCUCUGACUAUCUUAAUGUCCAGGUAAGGCGUUCAGACGUUCUUUCUGCCUGGAGUGGUAUACGUCCUUUGGCCAUGGAUCCAUCUGCAAAGAACACUGAAAGUAUUUCUCGUGAUCAUGUUGUAUUUGAAGACUACCCAGGGCUAAUAACAAUUACUGGUGGAAAAUGGACAACCUAUAGAAGUAUGGCUGAAGAUGCUGUAAAUGCGGCCGUAAGAUCUGGUAAUUUGAAGCCAGCUAACGGUUGUGUUACUACAAAUGCACCAAUUUCUAAUUACUUUUUGUAUCUGCGUAGCAGAAAUGAAGGCUUGGGAAAACGGCUUGCUCAUGGAUACCCAUUUUUGGAAGCUGAAGUAGCAUACUGUGCUCGUCAUGAAUACUGUGAAUCUGCUGUGGAUUUUGUUGCAAGGAGAUGCCGGCUAGCUUUCCUUGACACAGAUGCUGCCGGGAGAGCUUUACCCCGGAUCGUUGAGAUUUUAGCUUCUGAGCAUAAGUGGGAUAAGACAAGGAAGAAAGUUGAACUGCAAAAGGGUAGAGAGUUCUUGGAAACAUUCAAAUCAUCCAAGAAUGCUCAAUUCAGCGAUGGGAAACAUAAUGGACGAUGACCAAAAAUGCAAUUCUGUGAAUAGGCGUGAAUCAUAUAAUGGCAUAAGUUUACUUGAACAAACAGGCUGCGAUACAAGAUUGAGCCGGAAUAUUGCAAGGUUCACUUUACUGCACGCGUGUUUCUGAAUUGAACGUGCUGAUUUACAGCAAAAUAAAAUGUGCCCACGGCACAACAAUUGUAUUUACCGCUGCACAUUAGUCGAUUUUAAAAUAAGCUGGAAUGAGGACCAAAAAUAUUUCACGCUUCACCACGGAUUUGCACUUGUCUGUA